AUGUAUGGUUCUAUGUGGAACCUGCUCAGUAAUUAUCUUCACAAUCCGCUCACUUUCUACGUUGAUACAGCGCACCUGCAUUGGAACACAACCUUUCCAGCAGUCACCCUCUGCCAGGUGGUUAAUGGAGAAACCGUAGCAGAAUUGACGGAACAACAUUUCGGCGCCGAUCGGGACCCGUUGCUGGACAGCCUUAUCAUUGACAUUGCAUUCUACGGUGGUACCUGCUACUCCUGCGAAGAAUGUCACCCGGCGGCACCGCUCACAGCCUCACCCACAGUGAACUGUACGGCGUUGCGUAACUUCACCGAAAUUGUACGCCGCCAUCGGGCACCCUGCGAGGAGCUGCUUACCGAUUGCCACUGGCAGAAGGAACCGUUCGAUUGCUGUCGAUUGUUUCGUCCACUCGAUACGGAAUUUGGGCGAUGUUUUAGUGUUAAUGCGGCGAACGUUGCAGGCAAAUCGGCACCAGCUCCAGCGCGGCUCGUCAGCAACCGGGCGACGGGACCAGGUUGGUUGGGAUUUCGCGUGCUAGAAGACGUGCAGCUUUAUCUGCACGAUGAGUUUAGUGUGCCGCACGCGUACGUUGAUCGAUCCUUGCGUGAAACUGUGCUGUGGGGCAUGAGCAAGGAGAUCGUCGUGCGGGUGAUCGAGAUGGAAAAUAAGGACACGGUACUAGAGCUGCCGAUCUGGCGACGAAACUGUCGCUUUCCGUGGGAAACUGUGAGCGAUGAAUAUCAGCUGUACCGCUACUAUAGCUUCUCAACCUGUUCGAUCGAAUGUUUCUGGCAAACUCAGCUGCAGUUUUGCAACUGUACGCACCAUUUAAUGCCACGACCUUUGACAACAACGGAGAACACGCCGGCAUGCUCGUUCGAAGGGCUCACCUGCCUCACCGAACACUCGGUAGAAAUUGCACAAGCUCGCAAGCAAUGCUACUGCCUGUCGUCCUGCGUCGAGCCGGAGUACUUCGUCAUUCACAAGUCCGAGGACUUCUUUGCCGAAACCGAGGAGGAGGAAGGGCGUGUAACGGUGCGACUGCUGUCGCUGCCCUACGAACGGUUCGUGCGCAACAUCGCCAAGACGGAGAUGGAUCUGUUCAGUAAGUAUGGAUAA